UGCUGACAGUCUUUUGAUCUCCACUGUGGUUUCAAUGGCUGUUGUUGUCUCAAGGUUGCCAUGAAUGAAUGGAUUGUGGUUAGUUGGGUUGGAGCGGCGAGGGGGCCCAAAUUACAGUGUGUCUGAAAUAAAAUUCCACGCAUGAGUGGAGUGUAUAUACCCAACUGUCACCAAGAAGGGGGAGGCCAAUAUUUCUCAUAGUUUAGUCACUGUUGUUCUGUUUCAAGCGGAUCAUCAUUAGCUUUGUGAACGACUGCUGCAUGGUAUGAGACUAGGAAAGUAGGGGUUGUGUACAAUCAACAUGGCAUCGGAACCAGUCUGUGUCGAGGACUUUGAGCCGUACCUCAAGGCGACUGUUUCGGACUGGCUCUGGCAGUUCUUUAGAUGCGGGGCAGACGGUGAGCAGACGCUGCGAGACAAUCCACUGGCCUUUCAGAGGUAUCGUCUUCGACCGCGAUGUUUGAGGGACGUGUCUCAGCGAGACAUCAGCACCUCUAUACUCGGUCAUCGCUUGUCAUUUCCCGUUGGUGUGUCUCCCACGGCCCGUCAGACCUUUGUGCAUCGUGAUGGGGAGGUUGCAACUGCAAAGGGAGUGUCCAAUGUUGGUUCUGCCAUGAUUCUGAGCAUGUGGUCCAACAGGAGUCUGGAGGACGUGGCUGCAUCAGUGCACCCUGACACGCCACUGUUGCUUCAGCUUAACCUCAUACGCGACAAAGGCAGACUGGAGGCGUUGAUCAGACGGGCCGAGGUAGCAGGCUUCAAAGCUUUGGUGGUAACGGCAGACCAACCAGUGCUGGGAAACAAAAUUCACUUAAAAAGAAGAAAAGCAGAUUUGUACCCGACCUUUCCGCAACUUCUAUUGCCUGGAGAGGAUACUAUUACCCCAGAGAAAGCUCGUGGAUUAAUUACAGAGACAGAGUCACUGACUUGGAAAGACAUCUUGUUGCUGAGGAGAAUUACGUCACUUCCGGUCGUGCUGAAAGGUAUUCUCACAGCUGAAGAUGCAAGAGAAGCUGUGAAGCAUGGUGCCGCUGGUGUCCUGGUGUCUAACCACGGUGGCCGGCAGCUGGACGGGGUACCAGCUACCAUCGACGUCUUGGCGGAGAUAGUCGACGCAGUACGUGGCUCCAAUGUUGAGGUGUAUCUUGACGGAGGAGUACGUAAAGGCACCGAUGUCCUCAAGGCCCUUGCUCUGGGAGCACGAGCCGUCUUCGUCGGCCGACCGGCAAUCUGGGGGCUUGCUUUCGACGGGGAGAAAGGAGUUGAAAAAGUUCUUGGGAUUCUCAAAGAAGAAUUUAGCCGGGCCAUGGCACUAUGUGGUUGUUCCUCGCUAUCGGACAUUACACCAGAUUUGAUUGUUACGGUGCCCGACAACAAGAUUGCAAAAACGUAGACCUAACUGUUCUAUGAUAAAACAAGGACGCUUGCAGACCCCAUGACUAUACAGAAUAGCCAGAAUAGCUUCAAGAAGUACUGAUCGACGAGAAAAGAAAAUGGCGAUACUUCCAGGUUCGGUUCCUCUGUCCGUGGGAGACUUUGAGACGCUUAUAGUGGCAGCAAACACAUUUUGUUAUUGUUGGCGUCAUUCUGAACGUUAGGUGGUGCAACAUACUGAUGAUACAAUUACUGUGUCUUGGUGCAUAGUCCCAACCUCGUCCCCAGUGCUUUCUUUAUUUCCAACCUCGUUUCCAAUAGUAAGCCCUGGAUAGGAAACUUUCUUCCUGUAUCCUGAUUCGAUUUGCUAGUAAUGAUUUAUAUCGUGUAGUUUGUGUUGUUAUUUCCAACAUACAUUACCGGUUUUCACGAUUAUUAAGGGAAUAAAUGUGUGUGCUCGGGAGGUUUUAAUCACUCUGUUUAAGACCGCUUGGAGUCUGGGUGCUGAUAAUGAGAAUGAAGUGAUAAAACAUGCCAUUUUUAUUAAUCACGGUUUGCCUACAUGAGUGGCAGAGCAAUGUAGGCCUGCAGAACCUUUGCCUGGGCCGCACAACAUGAGAACACAUCCAAAUUUCUUUCUGAAAUACGAUUAGCCCGCCGCUAGCGGGCCGUGCUGUUUUGACUAGCAUUUGGCUGGCGGACUACCACUAAAGUCGAAUCCUAAUUUCCCCAUACCAAAAUCCCAUACAGUUAUUUACUAAACCAAACCAACAAAUAAAGGAGUAAAACAAUUCACAUAUUUAAGCCUAAGAGUACUGAUUUUCAAAGCAAUUAAAGACUGCAUUUAAUUACCACAAACACUCACAACACGAGAUAUAGAUAUAAAAUACGAUUCGGAAAGACAACAUUUUAAGCGCCAAAACCGUUUGUGAAUAUUUUUUAUUGGGGGAGGGGAUUUUUUCAUCGGCGUUUAACCGAACCAAAAAUCAGGCCAUAAUUUUUUUAUCGUGCUGCGCCGAUGUCGUGACAAUGUUGUGUCUGAUACACACGCACAACACAUUAAAGACGACUGAGCGAACAUUAUUGUUGUGUAUUUUAGUUCCAGAAAAACCCGCAGUAUGGCGGCAAAAGCCUCUUACAGGCGCACCGAGCAGUUGUUAUGUUCACCCCAUUGGAUAACGCACCGUCAGCGGUCCACACACUGCACCGCAUCAGCUCCUCAGUGAACGCGGUUUUAGGUGAUUCUGUGGCCCGUGCGGUGCAGUCCCCUCACAUUAGAAAACCACUCGGUCGCCUCGGAGUGCGCCUCACCAAAUAUCAGGCCAUUUCGGCGUUUCCAUGCUGUUCCAAAUUCAGUUGCCAUCCCUCCUCGUUUGUGUUAUACAGAAAUGUGAACACUGUGAUGCAGAAAAUCGCCCUGAUAAUACAGUUAAAAAAGCCAGGAAGACACC